AGGUCAUACAUAUUUGGCGCUCUUCAUUCACAGUCUCUCUGGCGCGUUUUUGAAAGCGCAAACAAACGCCAGUGAAACAUGUAUUUCGAAUUUGUACUCGGAACAAGUGGGAGAAGGUCCGCGUAACGUCCUCUGUCUCAUAUUCGAGUGCCUUGUCUGUCAUGUCGGGAGUGUUUGGGCCACGUUUGGAAUAUGUGAGGAGCUGUGCUGCGUUCAAAGUAGCACCCGGUGGAGUUUGCUAGCUUGUUGUUUUGCAGCCCGGUGGCAACAAGCAGCUGUCCGACUCUCACUAUGAACUUUGCCACUGUCGUUUAAACAUACGUGAAUAAGUGAAUAAGAUAAGGAGAAAGUAUUUGGAGCUGCAGAGAGGAACCGGUUCUGUCUCGUCAGCCCCAUCAAAUUAUGGCUGGUGUUGUGGCUAUGGCAUCUGUCAUUGAGGAUUUUGACCCCCAGCCUUGCAAGAAAUCCUGCAAAGAUGGUGGCAGUCCUGUUGUUAAGACAAUCACAAACUAUUUUUCUCCUGUGGCCAAGCCUGUGGAGAAGCCCUUUUCUCCUCCACGAUCCAACAACAUUAUGGACUACUUUAGCCGGAAACCCCCAUCCUCUAAAGAGAAGACCAGUCCAUCACCUCAGUCUAAAGAGAACUGUCAGACACCACAGUCUACAGAGAAACGCACCAGUCCUGAGGCAGCUGUAAGGCAGCAGCCAUCUCAGAAACGGGGCAGAAAAGCUACCAAAGCUGCAAGGAAACUUGUGGAGUCUGAAAAUGCUUGCUUCACAGCAACAGAUAGCUGUCUGAUUUUAGAUGAACCACAUCAACCCAAAGACUUGGCAAGAGAGGUGAUCAGUGGAUCUGGGUUUAUUGGUAGUGAUACUGCGGCUCUGUUAGCCCAGCUCAGUGCUGAGGCUAGUGCCACGGCACGGACAUCAGAGAAGAGGGCCACUAUGGCUGUUGUUAUUGACUUGACUGAAAAAGAUGAACAGCCUAAACAAAGUCCCAUAAGUUGUCACAAUGGCAAAUCUAAAGCAGAGCUCCAGUGCAUUUCCACAUCUUCAAAUGUACCUUUAAGAGAAAAGACUAACAAAACUGCUACAAAGACUUCUAAAAAGAGACUUCAAGAGGAUGUGAAGCAACCAGAACCAGAAGAGAAGGAGGCAGAAACCUCCUUGUGUGACGUUAGCAUGGAGGAUAAUGAGGAUAAGGCCUCAGACGCAAAUAACAGCACAGUCACAAUAUCCUUUGAGGAUUUUUUACGAAGUCAGGGUCAGGACAAGGGUGAAGAGGGAAGUAAAAUCACAACAGAGGCAGAGGAAAUGAGCAAUGACGUGUUGAAAAAUUCUUCGAGUUCUGCAGAGCCAUCACUCCAAGUCUCCCCUCGAAUUAUCACCGUCCAGGCUGAGGUGCACACAGUCUCACCCAAACAGGAACUAGUCAAGGAUGUGGGAAAGUUGGCUUCUAUCUUUAACAAGAGAAAGGGGACUGCGAGUCCUGUGGAUGUAGUGCCUUCUCCUCAGACUGAAGCUGGCCACCAGUCUUCAUCCUCCGUGCGGAGUGUCAAAAGGAAAUCUAAUGUGGUUCUUCAGGAGGAAGAUCUAGAACUGGCUGUGCUAGAGAGUGAGACCACUCCAAAAUGCAGUGAGGCAGAGAGGAAGCAGUUCAUGGCUGCCUUCAAGCGGCCCAGCCAGGACGGGUCCAAAACCAAACCUGGUAAGAGUCAGGGCAAGCAGAAGCAACCUGGAGAGAAAAAUGUAGAUCCUGCAGAAAACAUUCCUGAGGAGGAGGAUACAAUUCCUCCAGCUGUGGAGCAAGUGCCUGCUGCCUCUCCGGAAAAGGGUGUCACUAAAAAGAAACCAACAAGAAAAGGCAAAAAGAAAGCCAAAGAAGAAAAUGAGACAGUCACAACAGUUGUUGCUGCUUCUCCUCCUGCAGAAGAAACGGGGGUCACAGUUAUUGAUGUUGAUAAUAAAGAAGAGGAGCCCACCAUCCCAGCUGUAAGGAGGUCUAGAAGAGGGGCUGAUAUCACACAUCCCCCCGAUACCACAAUAGCAUCUCCUGCCAGAAAAAACAGAAAACAAAAGGAGUCAGUGGAUGAUGAUGCUGCUGCUGCUGCUGCUUCUUUACCUGACUGCUCUGAAAAUAUGUCCACUCCAAAAACAAGGAGAUCCAAACAUGGAGUCUUUGUAGCAGAGAUGGUGGGCCCACCUGACAUGAACGAAAGUCCAAUCAGGAUUAAAUUUACAAGAGUCAAUAGAAAUGUUUCCACAUCAAAGGCUGGAAGUGGAAGUGGCAUUAACACAUCGAAGGCUACUAAAACAUUGGACAAUGAGUCUAAAAGAAGGAAGAAGGCAAAGAAGUUGGUGGAAAAAGCCAAGGUGCUGCAGCAGAGUAAGAAAACUGCUGCUGAAAAGCGGAGCCCCCUAAGGCGUUCGUCAAGAUAUGAGACCUCCAUCAAGAAAAGCUACUGUGAGAAUGAGGAUUCUGUCAUCUGUCUGGAGGACGACCAGUCUGCCACUUCUCUAAAGGCACCAGAAAAGAGUAAAACCCGGAAACCAUUGCGAAGUUUAAAUGAUGUCUUGGGCAAAUCAGCUGUCAAAGACACCAAGGCUGUCCCAGGCUCUAAAGCUGCCACGCUGGGCCCAGAGAAAGGUGCUCCUAAGGUGUCCACAGUGAUUUCCAUCUUUGAUGACAGCAGUCGAGAGGGCUCUGAAAACUCCCAGGAUGAUGAGCAGUUCAAAGCCCGCAGAGAGUUUCUAAAGAGUGGUCUCCCAGAGUCCUUCAGGAAGCAGUUAGCCAAGACUACUGCCACCAAAGAGGCAUUUUCCCUCUCCUCUUCCUCCUUUCAACCUGUUCUACACAUAAAGCAAUUGCCAAAUGAUUGCCCUCUUUGGAGUUUACCAUGGCCUGAAUCUUCAUUACUGUGUCCACUGAAAGAUCUCUGGAGCCCAUCUUCCUCCUUUUCAUAUGUUAGUGGCUCCUUCAGUUUGAAGACUGAACCAGCCCAGAGAGCCUUUUGUGAAAGGGGUUCAGGCUGGAGACCAGAGAUUUCUGACAGUGUUCGUCAACUUCUUAUUGAAGAGGUCAGCAACUCUAACCCUCCCUUCCCUGCUCAGAUGUUCAUCACUCGCUUCCUAAAGAGACGGACUGACCACCAGCAGCACAGCUGCACAGCCUCAGAAACGGCACCACUAGCAGGUGGAAAGAGGAAAAGGAUGGAUGAUGGAGGGGAAAAUGCAGUGAAGGUGGCCAAGAAGCAGCGGGGCAACCACUCGGAUGAGAAUGUGCCCAAGCCUGAGCCAACAAAGAGAGGAGGUCGCGCAAGACGAGGAAAGAGAUUUGAACCAGAGAAGGACAUAAGUGCUGACAUAAGUGCUCCCAUCCUGUGUGAGGACGAGUCUGUGAUUGUGUUGGAUGACUUGCUGGUGAAAGACACUGUGGAAAAAGAUGUGAAGAAGGAGGAUGUGUUGUGGACUGAGAAAUAUCAGCCGCAGCACUCCAGUGAUAUCAUAGGCAAUACCGCCUCAGUAAGGAGGCUGCACAGUUGGCUGAAGGAAUGGAAACUGCGUGCAGAUCGGGAAGAAAGAAAAAAUCAGAAAGACAAGAAACGAGAGGAAGGAAACAAUGACUCUGACUGGGACUGUGGAGAAGAGGACUCCCAGGAUGCAGAGGACAUGUUGUGUAAUACAAUACUGAUCACAGGACCCACUGGAGUAGGAAAGACUGCGGCCGUCUAUGCUUGUGCGCAGGAGCUGGGCUUCAAGGUAUUUGAGGUAAACGCUUCCUCUCAGCGGAGUGGCCGUCUCAUUCUGUCCCAGCUGAGAGAAGCCACUCAGUCACAUCAGGUGGACAGUCAGGGGGUCAACGCUCACAAACCCACCUACUUCAACAGCUACGGCACAAGCAGCAGUGCUGGCACUGCCAGACCAGGAUUCUCUCCAAGAAAGGUGAACUCUCCUUGCAGAGUGGUCUCCUCACCCAGGAAACAUCCACAGUCACCAAGGGCUGGUAAAAAAGGCACUUUGGCUCCAACUGCUUUAGUUAACUUCUUCAAAAUGGGUCAACCCACCAAGAAGGAUCAACAGAACACUAAGAAGAAUGAACAAGCAGGUAAACGCAUCUGAAAGUCAAAUAAUGAGAGUGCCAAUAAGAAAAAGGAUGUCACAGUCAAAACGUCAGCAAGAGCUUCCACACCUAAAGAGAACAGUGAAGAUCAGAGUAAGAAGACAGCCACUUCACUUAUCCUGUUUGAAGAGGUGGAUGUUAUUUUUGAGGAAGACUCUGGGUUUUUAGCUGCCGUCAAGACAUUCAUGGCCACGACUAAGAGGCCAGUCAUACUGACUACCAGUGAUCCUGCAUUCAGCACCAUGUUUGAUGGCAGCUUUGACGAAAUCCAUUUUAAAACCCCGUCGGAGUUAAAUGUGAGCACCUACCUGCAGCUGUUGUGUCUGGCUGAAGACAUGAGAACAGACCCAGCGAACAUCAGCUCUCUCCUCCGGCUCAAUGGCUGUGACAUCAGGCAGAGUUUACUCCAGCUUCAGUUCUGGACUCGCAGUGCAGGGGGGAGCUCUGUUAUCAGGCCACUGAAGCACCGUGAUACCAGUGAACUAAAGCCUGAGCCUGUUGGAGAAGCAGCAGAGAUGUCUGUGUGUGAGGUCACUGUCCCACAUGCUCUCCCUCCCUGCGACACUGGCUGCACUGAGAGCAGACUGGGCCUGCUGAACCUCGAACCAGAGAGAGACAUCUGGAAGCUGUUCAGGAGCCAGAGUCUGAAGGAGACUGUUUGCUGGGAGCUUCUGAUCAACAGCAGGCAACGAGGAGUGGACCUACUCUAUACCAACAUGGAGACUCUCUUACCUCUACCACUCACACAGCUGACUUCCUCCAUCUGCAAACCUGUUUCAGAAUCAAAAGACCAUCCUUCUGAUAUUCCCAAAGAGCAGCCGUCGUCAGACAUUCUACCAUCUCACACCAGGCUAAUGCACAUGGCAGAGUCAGGAGAUUGUUCAGAUGAUGGCAGUCCAAUUAAAGUUUCCAACAGGAUGAGGAAGAACAAGAGAAGGCACGGUCUACCUGUCCAAGAUGGGCUGUACUCGGACUCUGACUCAGAGGAAGGUUUUCUAUCUCUCUGCAAGCCACAGGUUUCUGCUCAAGAUAAGGAGAGAGUCAAUAAGAGGGCUGUUCCAGAAAAGGUGAAAAGGAAGCUGUUGACUGCUGAGGCGCGAGCAAAAAGUCUCCCCGUCUCUCAGUGUCUUGAGUCGAUGGCUGACUUUUUUGACAACAUGUCCUACCUGGACUCCUUGCUUAUGCAUCCAGAAGGAGGUGAUGUUCACAGGAGAACAUCAGCAGUCAGUGCAGCGUUUAAAGAUGGGAUGACGGAUGAGUUGAGGGUUGAGGCUGACAGAGAGAGCUGGACGAGUGGAGAGCAGGUCUUGCAAAUCCAGGCUGCUGUGGAAGCACUGAGCUUCCACAAGUGUCAAAGUUCUGUAGCCGAUGCAUGGAACAAAUCCCAGCAACUAGAAGGGGAGCUGGGAAAAGAAGCUGCAGAGGAGCUUACCCUCCCUGUGGCCUCUCAUCGUGAAGGUCACAGCUUCUCUCAGGAUGGCCCCUGUCAUCGACAGUUGGUCCAGAGGAGGAGAGAAGUAAUGGAGAGUCUUAUCCUGAGAGGAGCGGUUGGUCUGGGAAACCGACCAGCAGCUGCUCUCGACUACUUGCCUGUCCUACGUACUAUCUGCAGAUCAGAGCAUCUCAAGGAGAAGGGCAAGGUCAAACGACGGUUUUUGCACUACCUAGAUGCAAUCCACCUUGGUCUUGCAAAAAGCACUAUACAACACUUGGCUGAAGACUUCCCCUAAACCAGAGAGGACCUCAUUUUCUGCCGUAUAGUUUUGGCACUCGGGCUCUGUACAUUUAAGGAGGAGACAUCAGUAGGCCUUUUCUUUUCUGGCCUUUUUCUGAUCAGACACAAAACACGACCUGGUGAUGUUUCCUCACACUUUCCUCUAACAUGGAAAUUACUGAAUAUAGUUGCACAGUGACGCCUGUCCUUUGGUGCUUUAAGACAACACACCAAGUCAUUUUUCACACUAUUUGUGUAAUAUUAAAGGUCCAGUGUGUAACAUUAAGCAACGUUUUUUUGUGGAAACUGAAUAAACUACCCAUAAGUAUGUUUGUAUAAAUGUAUAUUUACUUGAAUAUAAGAACCUUGCAAGGCAGUGUUACUCUACAGCAGCCCAAACAUACAAAGCAGCCACAGCAUGUUUGGGUUCUGAGGUGGAAGUUUACCACACAAACGAAGAACAACGUCCUUUCUUGGGGAAAGGAAGGAGUGAAACAUUUCGUACAAUCUGUAGUUUGAUGUCCCUAAUACUUACACACUGGACCUUGUAAAUGGUGCUUUUUUUUCUUCUUUUUUUGUACAGUAGCAUUUCGUAGUUUUGUAUAAGGAAAAUGGCUUUGCAACGUCUUUUAAUCAAGUAGAAACUGUGUGAACCUUUUAAAAAUGUAAAAUAGAAAUAAUUUUGUAAAAGGCUGUGUAUAAAUCCACACAAAGUAUAAUCAUUGCACUUGGGGUAUGUUUGAGACUCAUUUGUCACCUUCACAUUCAUCACGAAGAUUUGAUUUUUUUUUUAUAUAUAUAUAUAUAUAUUUAACUUUGUACACAGUUUUUACAAAAAGUACUUUUUUGUUGUGAUCGAAUAAAGUUUUAUCACGACAGACAAA